GAUCUUCUCCUAAUCUUUAAAUAUUGUCACUUCAUUUUCUGAAAUGGAUUUUUGUUUACUCCUUAGAUCGUUGCUAGACUAUGAUUGAGACCCCGAUCUAAGAAAGCGAUGCUAUAUAUGCAUAAAUUCAACAACUUCUUUAAAUUUCUGAGCGGAGAAGUCUGAGCCCCAGAUCCGCAUUCUCAUAUUUUCACUCUAGCCCGCCUGUAGGAGCAGAUUGGCUUUAGGAAUCUCUGAAUUGUUGGGUGACGCUAGCUGUUGGAGAGUAAUGGGAGAGUCUGCAAAGAAGACUACGCUUUACAAGGGUUUACUGAAGAACGAGGAGCUGUAUCAGUAUAUCCUGGAGACUAGCGUCUACCCGCGUGAGCCCGAGCCUCUUAAGGAGCUUAGGGAUGCUACCGCAGCCCACCCCAGGGCCAUUAUCGCUACUGCCCCAGACGCAGGUCAGUCAAUAGACAUGCUGUUGAAGCUUGUUAAUGCAAAGAAGACAAUUGAAAUCGGAGUCUUCACCGGAUACUCUCUUCUCCUCACUGCUCUUUCUAUUCCCGAUGAUGGCAAGAUUAUAGCCAUUGAUGUGGAUAGAAAGAACUAUGAGAUAGGGCUGCCUAUUAUCAAAAGAGCGGGUGUUGAACACAAAAUCAACUUCAUUGAAUCUCAAGCUCUGCCAGUUCUUGAUAAACUCUUAGAAGAUCAUGAAAACGAAGGGAGUUUGGACUUCGCAUUCGUUGAUGCUGACAAGGGGAAUUAUAAGAACUACCAUGAGAGGCUGAUGAAGCUGUUGAAGGUUGGUGGGUUGGUGGUCUACGAUAAUACUCUCUGGUAUGGAACAGUUGCUUUGCCUGAAGACUUGGUUGAAGAGCUGGUUGAUGGGGAGUACAAGAAAGAGAUGAGGAAGCAUAUAAUGGAGCUUAACAAGUAUCUGGCAACUGACUCUCGCGUUCAAAUAUGCGUAGCUCCAUUGGGCGAUGGCAUCACCAUCUGCAGGCGCAUCUACUGAAAUUCUGCUUUGAGUUGUUCCAUCUCUGAUAGUACUGAACAUGCACGUUAGAAUCCCAUGAUAAAGAAACCCUUUCAGUAAUGGUGGAAAAUAAAAGUUGAAGCUAGUCUCGGAAUAAGGAUGUGGGAAAGUCCUUUCUUAUAUCUUCAUUAAGAAAUCAUUGGUUGGAGCCUUUCCUUCUUAAAGAUUUUUGUGUGGAUGAAGUCAUUAAACUUCUAUAUUUUGAUAAAAGACAAGUUUCCUGCA